AUGGCUCAACGAAGCUCUUCUGCUCGGGCGCUGCUGCUGCUGCUGUCCGGGCUUCUCAUGGUGGCGUCCGUCAAAGCCGACACCCUGCUCUCAGCACCGCUGAAUGUGACCAUCAGAGACCUGGAGGGGAACUCUGCCGUGGUCACAUGGGAGAUCCUGGACGGAGAUCCUGUCAUUGGAUUCUCGGUUACACAACAGAAGAGGGACGUGCGCAUGCUGAGGCUAAUCCAGGAGGUGAACACCACCACGCGCUCCUGCGUGCUGUGGGACCUGGACGAGGACACCGAGUACAUCGUCCACGUGCAGAGCCUCAGCGCGGAGGGCAGCAGCCCCCCCAGCGAGGCCCUCGUCUUCCGGACCCCCCGGGAGUCCGAGAAGAUGGCCUCCAAGAGCCCCGAUGAGAAUGGAAUGGAGGGGUACGAUCAGACAGCCCAGCUGAGAGCAGGAGAGCUGAUCAUCAUCGUGGUGGUACUGGUCAUGUGGGCAGGUGUGAUCGUCCUGUUCUGCCGGCAGUAUGACAUCAUCAAAGACAACGAGCCCAGCAACAAUAAGGACAAAGCCAAGAACUCGUCAGAGUGCAGUACCCCGGAGCACCCACAGGGGGGGCUGCUGCGUAGCAACGUCUGA